GGCCUAUAAGAACAACACCUUGAAGCACCACUCUGUGUACGAAAUCCUGCUGCCACUGGUAUCCCCGGUGCUGCUCUUCCUCCUCUGCACCACGUGGAUCUUCGUGUCUCCAACAGACAUCCUGGAGGUCCAUCCCAGGCUCUUCUAUUUCAUGGUUGGAACAGCCUUCGCUAAUAUUUCUUGCCAACUGAUCGUCUGCCAGAUGAGCAGCACACGCUGCCAGCCUCUGAACUGGAUGCUGCUCCCCAUAGCUGCUGUGCUCUUGGUGGUGAUGUCCGGGUUCGCGCCGAACAGCGAAACGCUCCUCCUCUACCUGUUAACUGCUUUCCUCACCCUGGCCCACAUCCACUACGGAAUGGUCGUGGUGAGCCAGCUGAGCCGACACUUCAAUAUACGACCUUUCUCACUAAAGAAACCCACUCCAGAUUGACUAGGAGUGGAAGAGGAGAAAAUCGGCUUGAGGUCUGCAGAAGUACUGUAA